AUGAAGGAUGAAGUGCUCGUUUCUCGAACACAGUUAGUCGACAGAAUCACUCUUUUCCUCGAGGAACGGAUCAGGCAUAGGGCCAGCUCCAAUGACAACCGGAGCAUAGACGUGCUGGCUAAAAAGCAAUCGAAAUAUCUCAGCAGCCGCAUCCGUGCUGGCUCCGCCUACGCCAUCCUCUCACACAGGUGGGAAGACGACGAAUUGAAAUUCGGCGACCUGAAGCAUCGAGAUUCUGAUAAGGUGAAGAAGAAAUGGGGUUUUGUGAAGUUUAUCAGGUUCUGCGAGGAGGCGGGGAGGGGUGAAUACAGGUGUCUCUACGCGUGGGCCGAUACCGUGUGCAUCGACAAGAAGAGCAGCACCGAUCUCGACGAGGCCAUCAGGUCGAUGUAUAAUUGGUAUAGGAAUGCCAAAUUAUGCAUCGUCUAUCUUAGCGCUAGCCGCCCUGGUGUUCUGGAAGGCGACCCCUGGUUCAAGAGGGGGUGGACGCUGCAGGAAUUGCUGGCGCCGAAAAGGCUCAAAUUCUUUUGCAAAGAUUGGUCGAAGCUCUACCUUCACAGGCGCUACGACGUUGUCCGAGAUAAUCGUACAGCGCACGACGAUGCAUCUUCUGAGGGUCCUCAGCGCAAGGGGAGCUAUUUCGACGUGGAUACUGCUUCGGACGGCGAAGAAAAAGACGACGAAGACACCGAUGACGGGGAUUCGGAAUCGGACGACGACGCUAAUCACGAUACGGAUGAUGGUGAUGAUGCGCUUCCACCGAAGGAAGAGAUGACACUCUCAGAGAGGCUGACCCCCAACGUGCUGAGGAGGCUAGUAAAGAUCACAAAAAUUGAAUACCAGUUCUUAGAAAGUUACGAUCCUAGCCCUGCCAAUGCUCGCGACGUUUUUCAAUGGCUUUCUGAGAGAACGACAUCUCGCGCCGAAGACAUGUCCUACUGUCUUCUUGGCCUACUGGACAUACAGAUCCCCAUUGCGUAUGGCGAAGGCGAAGAGCGCGCAUUCUAUCGCAUCCAAGUCGAGUGUUCCCAUCACGUUGAAGACAGGAGCCUGUUUCUCUGGAAUGGGAGCCGCUCUCGGUGGAAUACGAUGUUCGCAGAUGGCCCUUCCGCCUUCUAUGACGCCAAAGCGCACCCAGGAGACCCCCGUUCCUUAUCCUCUAAUUGUCUCUUCAGCGCCCACUCCGCACGAAAUCUGGAUCCUUCAUUCACCUUGACCAACUGCGGGCUGCGCAUCAUGGUGGCUCUUCAUGAUGUCAAGUUCGUGAACGUUUCCACUAAUUCGGAGAGGCACACUUAUGUGCUCACCGUAUUCAAGAAGGGUGAUACCAAGGUGAAUCUUCGCUGGCGAGGCGACCCCCCUGCAUCGGACAGGGUGACAGCAAGAUGGAAAGUUGCAGUCGUUGGCGGAUUUAGCAACAAUGCCCCCUUCGCCAUUUUGCUUCGUGAAGGGGCUACUAAAUUCCCGCCUCGAUACUACCGGCUCUCGUCUGCUGUCUUCGACAGAAUUCCUGAUCUCAAUUCCCUUACCGAAAGACCUCCAAAGACAGUCUGGAUCCAGUAG